CACAGCUGAGAAGAGAGCAGGAGAGUCAAACAGGUGUUCGUGCCUUUGAAAGAAGGUGUUUGUGGAGGGAGAGACUGAGUGACUUAAUCGUCAAAUUAGGAUGUUUCUUCUUGUCUGGGUGACUCUGCUCUUCGCUGUGGGAAGCAACUAUGCCAACAAAGAUGCAUCUCAAGAACAAACAACAUGCUCUCAAAAUGGACCCUGCGUCAUGCUUAGUCAUGCAGAACUAACAGCAGAGGCUGGACUCUGUGUUGUGAUACCUUGUCAUUUUACCACUGAUCCUGACAUCCCUUUGGAACUUAGAGUCUGGCACAAAUGUGAUCCUUCUAAACAGAACUGUAGUGAUUCUGACAUAGUGCUCCACUUGAACAACACCAGUCCUAAUGCUCAUACUGGGUCUAGAGUACGAGCGUCACUGUUGGAGCCUGAUCUGAGCCAGAAGAACUGCAGCAUCAUCAUCAAUGACCUUAGUGAGUCCCUCUCUGGAUCAUAUCAUUUCAGACUUAAUGGUAUCCUGAAUGGAACAGAGCAAAAAUAUGCAUCUUCUGGAGCAUAUGUCACUGUAAAAGGUCUGACCCAGAAGCCCACAGUGAUGAUUCCUUCUCUGACAGAGGGACAGCAGACCACACUGACCUGCACUGCUCCUGGUCUCUGCUCUGGAUCUGUUCCUGAAAUCACCUGGAUGUGGAGAGGAGCAGGAGGGAAGGACUCUCACAUCACAGGAAACAAUACUGAUGUCAAGACUGAGAAUCUGACUGCUGUCACUCAGAGACACAGCUCAACUUUGACCUUUAACGCUUCAGCCAGACACCACGACACCAAUGUCACCUGUAAGGUCAGCUUUGCAAACAGCAUCUCAACAGAGGAGACGGUGACUCUGAACAUCAGCCUGAAAGGCAACACGGCUACAGAGAAAAUGACGACUCCUGACGUGACCAAUGUGAAGAAAUGUGAAAUAACUGGAAAGACAAGUGUAAAUGAGGGGGAUGUUCUGAAUCUGACCUGCAGUUUUGAGAAUUUCCCUCCGUCUCUUGUCAUGUGGAGUAAAGUCCCAUCCAAGAAAAACCUGAACAGUGUACCUGAUACUAACCUGCAGAACAGCACUGGAUCAGCCACUCUUGUCAUCCCUAAUGUAACAGCAGAACAUACUGGACAGUACAUCUGCACAGCAACACAUCUGAACAAAACUCUGACUAUGUAUGCCAAUGUCACUGUGAUUUUGUCUCCAAAGAUCCUGAAGAGCUCCGGAUGCAUUCAUCAGUCAGAGGUCCUGACUUGUGUGUGUAUUAGUGAAGGGUUUCCUUUGCCCACCAUUAAAUGGCCACUGUUGGAGAACCACACUGAGUAUUCAGUCCUUAUCACCGUGUCAAACCACACGGUCAACAGCACUGCCACCCUGACUGUAAAAGACCACAGCACUUCUGUUGAGUGUGUCAGUAGCAAUACAAAUGGGGAAGCAAAAGAAAACUUCAUCAUAAGCAAUGCAGAACAGAAACAAAAAGAAGAAGGUGAAGUCAUAAAAGUGUUACGAAUUAUCACACGGUGGGAAAUUAUCAUUGCAUUUUCGGUUGGCGCCUUUCUAUCUGCAAUCAUUUGCUGUUUGGCAAGAAAAUGUCACAGAAAAAAACAAAGGAUAUAUGGAAAUCUGGCCGAGACUCUGGAGAUGGUGUCAAGUCACGAGGAUCCUCCGGUAGAUGCUGGUCAAGCAGUGGAAGAUUAUCAGGCCAUCGACCAAGUGGCAGAUGAAGCAAGAGGAGCCGUGGCGGCGGGGAAAUCGGAAGUGGAGUACUCUAAGAUUGAUUUCUCCCUGAUUAAAAGGAAGGAUCCAGAAGAGGCAGGAGAGACACAGGGGACCACUGAGACAGAGUAUGCUGAAAUUAAAGAACUAAAGAAAAUUAAAGAAGAAUCAGAGCAGGAUCAAGAUGAAGAGGGUGAGGAGGAAAUGACUGGUGAGGAUGAGGAGAAAAAACAUAGUGAACCAGAGGAGAAGGAAGGUGAAGGUGAAGGUGAGGAUGUGGCACUGUAUUCCAGUGUUAAGAAAACAAAUAAAUAAGUCAGAUCUGAUAGUGCUGCUUAGGUGUUUGAAGAUCAAGAUUACUUCUGUAAUUUGCUCUGAUUAGAUGACUUCUUGCUGUUGUGUGAUUUUUUUUUUCCUGCAACAUAUUCAUUGAUUUUGUGGUUUUCAAAAGCUAAAUUGAGCCUGCGGUAACCCUCAAAUGAUAUUGUGUAACUGUCAUAAGGUAGUACUAGUCAUAAGUGAGUCAGCUUUGUACAGUAGCAGCAUUGACCACUGUGCAGUAGUUUUUAAAAAGUUGUAUUAGUACAGAGAUUUGUAGGUAAUUUUUUGGACCUACAAGAGCAGCUGUCAUUCAAAUUACAUUGUUACCACAACAAAAGUACAUAUUACAUGUACAAAUCAUACGUAAUAAAGAUAUUUGUACCUUCUUGUGACCUAACUCAACAUUCAAGACCUACUCUAAAGACUAUAGAACUAAGAAAAGGUAAAAAGCUGAUAAAAGUUACCAGCUACAGCUUUAACUGCUGAAUAUAGCAAUUUUAACAUAUUAUUGUGCUCUAUAUAGUAUUAUUUUUAAAGACCAGAGAGCUUAUAUCACAUACAAGGACAAUUUUUCAGGAUUUAGCGACAUCUAGCAGUGAGGUUGGAGAUUGCUACCAGCUGAAUACCCUCAGUUCACCCCCAUUUAAAGAACUUUUGUUGGCCUUCAGGUAACCAUAGAUGUAUUGGGGCGCCCGAUGGCUCAGUGGGUAGAGCAUGUGCCCCAUGUACAAAGGCUGUGUCCUGGCUGCAGCCUCGACUCUGGCUUACAGCCCCUUGCUGGGUGCCCCUCUCCUUCCCCCAUCACGCUUAAUAUCUGUCCUGUGGAUUAAAGACAAAACCUUGUCUGCAGUUUGAGAUGUCCUGUCAGUAGUUUCAUAGAUCUUUUUCCCUGCAAUACUGUGAAUUGAAAGCGAGGCGCAAGAGGCCCUCUUUACAGGCAGUGCUAGGUUUGUCCAUUCUGGGCUACUGUAGAAAAAUGCCAGUGAAACAUUGCUAACCCUUCAGAUAUGAAGGGAUCAUUCUAAGGUAAUAAAAACACAUGAUUCUUAGUUUCAGGUGAUCGUACACUAAAAAAACACAGCUGAGAAUAUUAUAUUCUGUUUCUGCUAAUAGAUCUGGAUUACGGGUCCUUCAAGUUAUCUGAGAAUUUAGUUCAAAUUACUUUGUAUUUGAUAUGAACACACAUAUAAACCCAAAUUUACAGCACUGUCUUCUGCUGUCACAAAGACGGGAAAUCACUGUGUGAGAGGAUGUGAGCCUAAAAUAGCAUCUGAAACACCAACCAGGUGUCAGUUGUUUUGCAUACUUGGUUCCUCAUAAAAGGGAAGAAAGCAAAAAUCUGUGGCUUGGCUUUUAAGAGGCUCACAUACAGUAUACAUGCCUCCUUCAACUUUAUUGACAUUACUCAGUUCCUUUUUAUUGGUAAUGCCCCUGUAAGGCCUAUGUAGGGAAACCCAAAAUUCACAGUAAAUGAAAAGAAAAUGAAACUGUCAUACUGCUGAUUAUGUUUUUUGUGUUUCAAGGUGGUAGGCCAGAUUCUGAAAUUCAAGUCUUUAAACCUGAAUUGAAAAUAGGUAAUCUGUCCUUUUCCAGAUCUGUCACACUUAGGCUGCAUUCACAAAUGCCAAUCCUGCAUUCACUGAUCACUGGUGAUGAGACUGGAAAAACUCCCACAGUCCAUGGAAACAAGUAAUACAAUCUCUUUCUAUCAUUAGAUAUUAUAUUGAGUAAAAGAAAUAUAGCAUAUUAACAGCUCAUGUGCAGCCUGCUGUCCUACAAAGGAGAGCACACACUGUGUGUGCAUGCAUUUAUGUCAGUAUUGAUACUACACUGAUGAUAAUUAAAAGUCUCUAGAUCUUUCAAGCCAACAUAAACAAACUUACUAAGACAAAUACUCACUUGCUUAGACUGAGAGAGUGGUUUUCUCUCCACCCACACACAAAAGGGCCAUUUAAGUGACACUCCCACACCGGCCCACAACCCUGCAGCUUAUUGCUGCAAAAUCUGAUUUGCUGUGAAUGCAGUCUAAAAAUUUGUUGUAAAAUUUAGGAAAUUAAAAAUACUUGGUUAAGGCUUUAAGUUUAAUUUAUCUCCGUCAGAUUUUUUGUUGCCAUUUUUGCAUUUAUUUUUGACUGUUAAAAGUGUAGAGGGACAGGAAAAAGUGGAGAGAUGGGGUUUGACAUGUAACAAAGGUCCCCAGCUGGAGUCAGAUCAUGGAUGUUGGGGUAAUGCAAUAUGCACCUUAACCGUUCAGCAGUCAGGUCACCUCAUAGCUCCUUUUCCGGUUUAUAUUGAUAAUAAAAUGUAUAUUUUUAGGUACUUAAUAGCUACUGAUGACUGUUUGGUCUUCCUCUCCUGUCUGGACAUGAACAGUUGUACUAAUUAGUAAAUAUUUGCACUGUAAUAAUAGCAAUGAUAAUAAUGUAAGAUGUUUUAAAUAUAAAUGUUAAUGUAACAUAAAUGAUGCUGUAUUUUAAAAAUGUGUUUUUGUAUUAUAUUUUUUAUGUGCUUGUAAAUGUGUG